AUGAAGGAACUCGAAAUUGCGAAUCUCAAUGAAUAUAUAGAUCAGAAUAUUAAACGCAAAUGUAAUUUUGCCGUCAUCGUUUUACUUGGUCUUGCAUUUGCAAGCUAUUGGAGGAAACUGCGAGAGGACUACAACAACGCCUCGCGAUUGGUCCGCCGCUUUGAUGACGUCAUCAACUGUAUUACAUUGAUAUCUUUCGCAAGCAAUCUCCUGUUUGUGUGUUUGCAACUUUCGUAUCUUUUAGCAAAUGGCAUUCGAGGAACAUGCCAAAGUCGUUACUACUACGACAAUUUAUUAGUUUCCAAUAAUUCGUCAGGGUCAAUUUACCCCUACAUAUACGCAACGUUCUCAGUAUAUUCGGUGAUGUUUCUCAUCCUACGCGCGCUAGGUCUCGCCCUUAUUGCAGCAAGAAUCCACUCCGAGUCCUUGGUCGCCGUCCCGGUUCUCUACAAUGUGCCUUCACCUACCUGUGGUAUUGAGGUUCAAAGAUUCAUUCAACAAAUACACGGGAGUACAGUGGCUCUGACUGGACACAAUUUCUUCUAUGUAACUAAAGAUCUUCUUUUAUCAGUUGUCGGAACUAUUGUCACUUACGAGCUAGUUUUAUUGCAGUUUGAGUAA